AUGUCUACAGUCACUUCAAUUGAUACCACCCCUACUACAUCAACAGUCACAAAUGAUGCCCUCACUCGCUCUACUACAUUGAUAUCGAAAUUACAUUCAAGUGAUGCCACUAAUACCUCAACAGUCACUUCAAAUGAUGCCAGCAGUCCCUCAACUAUGUCGACAGUCACUUCAAGUGAUAACAAAACUCCCUCAACAGUCACUUCAAGUGAUGCCACUACUCCCUCGACUAUGUUGACAGUCACUUCAAGUGAUGCCACCACUCCCUCAACAGUCACUUCAAGUGAUCCCUCAACUCCCACCAACACAUCGACAUUGACAGUCUCUUCAAAGGACGCCACCACUCUUUCAACAGUCACUUCAAGUGAUGCUACAUCAACACAUACUUCAAGUAGUGCCACCACUCCCUCACCCAAAUCAACAGUGUCUUCAAGUGAUUCCACCAAUCCCUCAACUACGUCAACAGUCACAAGUGAUGCCAUCACUCAUUCUACUAAAUCGACAUUGACAGUCCUUUCAAGUGAUGCCAUCACUCCCUCAACAGUCACUUCAAGUAAUGCCACCACUACGACAUUAACAGUCACUUCAAGUGAUAGUACAUCAACACCCACUUCAAUUGAUGCCACCACUCCCUCGACAGCAUCCCCAGUCAUUCAAAGUAAUACCAUUACUCCCUCAACUACACCGACAUUCACUUCAAGUCAUACCACCACCACCACUACAUCGACAGUAACAUCAACUGUGGCCACCAUUCCCUCAAAUACAUCGACAGUCAGUUCAAGCGAUGCCACCACUCCCUCAACUACAUCAACAGUCACUUCAAGGGAUGCCAACACUCCCUUAACAGUCUCUUCAUGUGAUGUCACUACUCCCUCAACGACAUCAAUAGUCACUUCAAGUGAUGCCACCACUACUCCAUCAACAACAGCAGUCACUUCAAGCGAUGCCACCGCUCCUUCAACAUUCACUUCAAGUGAUGCCACCACUGCUACACCAACAGUAGCUUCAACUGCAGCCACCAUUCCCUCAACUACAUCGACAGUCACUUCAGAUGAUACUACAUCAACACCCACUUCAAGUGAUGCCACCACUCCCUCAACUGCAUCGACAUCAACGUCAAAUGAUGCCACAACUACAACACUGACAUUAACAGUCAUUUCAAGUGAUUCCACCACUCCCUCAUCUACAUCAAUAGUCACUUCUCGUGAUGCCACAGCUACUACAUCAACAUCAGCAUUCACUUCAAGUGAUGUCACCUCUCCCUCAACAUCAAUAUUCACUUCAAGUGAUGCCACCUCUCACUCAACUACAUUGACAGUCACUUCAGAUGAUACCACAUCAACACCCACUUCAAGUAAUGCCACCACUCCCUCAAGUACAUCGACAGUCAGUUCCAGUUUUAACACCACUCUGUCAACAGUCACUUCAGGUGAUGCCACAGCUACUACAUCAGCAUUCACUUCAAGUGAUGCCACCCCUCCCUCGACAUCAAAAUUCACUUCAAGUGAUGCCACCUCACACUCAACUACAUUGACAAUCACUUCAGAUGAUACCACAUCAACACCCACUUCAAGUGAUGCCAUCACUCCCUCAACAGUCACUUCAAGUAAUGCCACCACUAUGACAUUAACAGUCACUUCAAGUGAUAGUACAUCAACACCCACUUCAAUUGAUGCCACCUCUCCCUCGACAUCAACAGUCACUUUAAUCUCUUCAAGUGAUGCCACCAAUCCCUCAACUGCAUCAACAUCAACUUCAAAUGAUGCCACCACUCCCUCAUCUACAUCAGCAGUCACUUCAAGCAAUAACACUGUUCCUUCAACAUUCACUUCAAGUGGUACCACCGCUACUACAUCAACAUCAGCAUUCAGUUCAAGUGAUGCCAUCUCUCCCUCGACAUCAACAGUCACUUCAAGUGAUGGCAGCACUCCCUCAACAGUCUCUUCAAGUGAUGCCACCACUACUACAUCAACAUCAGCAGUCUCUUCAAGUGAUGCCACCUCUCACUCGACAUCAAUCUUCACUUCAAGUGGUGCCACCGCUACCACAUCAACAUCAGCAUUCACUUCAAGUGAUGCCACCACUCCCUCAACAUCAAUAUUCACUUCAAGUGAUGCCACCAAUCCCUCAACUGCAACGACAUCAACUUCAAAUGAUUCCAACACUACUACAUCAACAUUAACAGUCAUUUCAAGCGAUUCCACCACUCCCUCAAAAGCCACUUCAAGUGAUGCCACCACUCCCUCAACUACAUCAAUAGUCACUUCAAGUGAUGCCAUCACUACUACAUCAACAUCAGCAGUAACUUCAAGCGAUAACACUGUUCCGUCAACAUUCACUUCAAGUGGUGCCAAAGCUACUACAUCAACUUCAGCAUUCACUUCAAGUGAUGCCACCUCUCCCUCGACAUCAACAGUCACUUUAAGUGAUGCCACCUCUCCCUCAACUACAUUGACUUUCACUUCAAGUGUUACCACCACUACCACACCGACAUUAACAGUCAUUUCAAGCAAUUCCACCACUCCCUCAAAAGCCACUUCAAGUGAUGCCACCACUCCCUCAUCUACAUCAAUAGUCACUUCAAGUGAUGCCACAGCUACUAUAUCAACAUCAGCAGUCACUUCAAGCGAUAUCAGUGUUCCUUCAACAUUUACUUCAAGUGGUGCCACCGCUACUACAUCAGCAUUCAGUUCAAGUGAUGCCAUCUCUCCCUCGACAUCAACAGUCACUUUAAGUGAUGGCACCACUCCCUCAAAAGCCACUUCAAGUGAUGCCACCACUCCCUCAUCUACUUCAAUAGUCACUUCAAGUGAUGCCACCGCUACUACAUCAACAUCAGCAGUCUCUUCAAGUGAUGCCACCAAUCCCUUAACUGCAUUGACAUCAACUUCAAAUGAUGCCACCUUUCCCUCGACAUCAAUAUUCACUUCAAUUGAUGCCACCUCUCCUUCUACAUUCACUUCAAGCAAUCCCACCACUCCCUCAACAGUCACUUCAAGUGAUGCCACCUCUCACUCAACAACAUCGAUAGUCACUUCAGACGAUACUACAUCAACAACCACUUCAAAUGUUGCCACCACUGCCUCAACAGUCACUUCAAGUGAUGCCAUCACUCCCUCAACUACACUGAUAGUAACUUCAGAAAAUGCCACAUGGACACCCACUUCAGGUGAUGCAACCUCUUCCUCAACUACAUCAACAUUCACUUCAAGUGGUGCCACCACUCCCUCAACAGUAGCUUCAAGUGAUGCCACCGCUACUGCAUCAACAUCAGCAGUCUCUUCAAGUGAUGCCACCACUCCUUCUACAGUCACUUCAAGCAAUCCCACCACUCCCACAACAGUCACUUCAAGUGUUGCCACCUCUCCCUCGACAUCAAUCUUCACUUCAAGUGAUGCCACCACUCCUUCUACAUUCACUUCAAGCAAUCCCACCACUCCCUCAACAGUCACUUCAAGUGAUGCCACCUCUCCCUUGACAUCAAUCUUCACUUCAAGUGAUGCCAACUCUCACUCAACUACAUCGAUAGUCACUUCAGACGAUACUACAUCAACAACCACUUCAAAUGUUGCCACCACUGCCUCGACAGUCACUUCAAGUGAUGCCAUCACUCCCUCAAAUACACUGAUAGUAACUUCAGAAAAUGCCACAUGGACACCCACUUCAGGUGAUGCAACCUCUUCCUCAACUUCAUCAACAUUCACUUCAAGUGGUGCCACCACUCCCUCAACAGUCACUUUAAUUGAUGCCACCUCUCCCUCAACAACAUUGACUUUCACUUCAAGUGUUACCACCACUACUACACCGACAGAAAUAUUAACUGUGGCCACAAUUCCUUCAACGACAUUGACAGUCACUUCAAGUGAUGACACCACUGCUUCAACAGUGACUCCAAGUGAUGCCACCAAUCUCUCAACUACAUCAACAUCAAUAUCAAGAGAUGCCACCACUGCCUCAUCGACAUUAACAGUCACUUCAAAUCAUAACACCACUAUUACAUCAACAGUCACUUCAAGCCAUGCCACCGCUCCUUCAAAAUUAGCUUCAAGUCAUGCCACCGCUACAACUUCAAUUUCAGUAGUCUGUUCAAGUGAUGUAACCACUCCCUCAACAGUCACUCCAAGUGAUGCCACCAAUCCCUCAACUGCAUCGACAUCAACUUCAAGAGAUGCCACCACUACUACAUCGACAUUAACAGUCAUUUCAAGCGAUUCCACCACUAGCAGCACUCCCUCAACAGUCUCUUCAAGUGAUGCCACCGCUACUACAUCAACAUCAGCAGUCUCUUCAAGUGAUGCCACCACUCCCUCAACUGAAUCGACAUCAACUUCAAAUGAUGCCACCACUCCCUCAUCUACAUCAGCAGUGACUUCAAGCGAUAACACUGUUCCUGGUGCCACCGCUACUACAUCAGCAUUCAGUUCAAGUGAUGCCAUCUCUCCCUCGACAUCAACAGUCUCUUCAAGUGAUGCCACCGCUACUAUAUCAACAUCUGCAGUCUCUUCAAGUGAUGCCACCAAUCCCUCAACUGCAUCAGCAGUCACUUCAACAUUCACUUCAAGUGAUGCCACCACUCCCUCAACAUCAAUAUUCACUUCAAGUGAUGCCACCAAUCCCUCAACUGCAACGACAUCAACUUCAAAUGAUUCCAACACUACUACAUCAACAUUAACAGUCAUUUCAAGCGAUUCCACCACUCCCUCAAAAGCCACUUCAAGUGAUGCCACCACUCCCUCAACUACAUCAAUAGUCACUUCAAGUGAUGCCAUCACUACUACAUCAACAUCAACAGUCACUUUAAGUGAUGCCACCUCUCCCUCAACUACAUUGACUUUCACUUCAAGUGUUACCACCACUACUACACCGACAUUAACAGUCAUUUCAAGCAAUUCCACCACUCCCUCAAAAGCCACUUCAAUCACUUCGGACGAUACUACAUCAACACCCACUUCAAGUGAUGCCACCACAACCUCAACAGUUGCUUCAAGUGAUGCCUCCGCUACUACAUCAACUUCAGCAGUCUCUUCAAGUGAUGCCACCACUCCCUCAACAGUCCCUUCGAGUGUUGCCUCCUCUCCCUCGACAUCAAUCUUCACUUCAAGUGAUGCCACCACUCCUACAUUCACUUCAAGCAAUCCCAACACUCCCUCAACAGUCAUUUCAAGUGAUGCCACCUUUCCCUCGACAUCAAUCUUCACUUCAAGUGAUGUCAACUCUCACUCAACUACAUCGAUAGUCACUUCAGACGAUACUACAUCAACAACCACUUCAAAUGUUGCCACCACUGCCUCAACAGUCUCUUCAAGUGAUGACACCACUCCCUCAACAUUAAUAUUCACUUCAAAUAAUGCCACCUCUCACUCAACUACAUCGACAGUCACUUCGGACGAUACUACAUCAACACCCACUUCAAGUGAUGCCACCACACCCUCAAGUACAUUGACAGUCAGUUCAAGUAUUGCCACCACUCUGUCAACAGUCACUUCAAGAGAUGCCACCUCUUUCUCAACUACAUCAACGGUCACUUCAGGUGAUGUCACCACUACUACACCAAGAGUAAUUUCAAAUGCUGCCAUCAUUUCCUCAACUACAUCAACACCCACUUCAAGUGAUGCCACCACUCCCACGACAUUAAUAUUCACUUCAAAAAAUGCCACCUCUCACUCAACUACAUCGACAGUCACUUCGGACGAUAUUACAUCAACACCCACUUCAAGUGAUGCCACCACUCCCUUAAGUACAUCAACAGUCAGUUCCAGUUUUGCCACCACUCUGUCAACAGUCACGUCAGGUGAUGCCACCUCUUCCUCAAAUACAUCAACUUUAACUUCAAGUGAUACCACCACUACUACACCGACAGUAACAUUAACUGUGGACAGAAUUCCCUCAACUACGUCGACAGUCAGGUCAAGUGAUGCCACCACUCCCUCAUCGACAUCAAUUGUCACUUCAAGUGAUGCCACAGCUACUACAUCAACAUCAGCAGUCACUUCAAGCGAUAUAACUCUAUCUUCAACAUUUACUUCAAGUGGUGCCACCGCUACUACAUCAGCAUUCAGUUCAAGUGAUGCCAUCUCUCCCUCGACAUCAACAGUCUCUUCAAUCACUUCGGACGAUAUUACAUCAACACCCACUUCAAAUGAUGCCACCACUCCCUUAAGUACAUCAACAGUCAGUUCCAGUUUUGGCACCACUCUGUCAACAGUCACUUCAGGUGAUUCCACCUCUUCCUCAAAUACAUCAACUUUAUCUUCAAGUUAUACCACCACUACUACACCGACAGUAACAUUAACUGUGGACAGAAUUCCCUCAACUACGUCGACAGUCAGGUCAAGUGAUGCCACCACUCCCUCAUCGACAUCAAUUGUCACUUCAAGUGAUGCCACAGCUACUGCAUCAACAUCAGCAGUCACUUCAAGCGAUAACACUGUUCCUUCAACAUUUACUUCAAGUGGUGCCACCGCUACUACAUCAGCAUCAGCAUUCAGUUCAAGUGAUGCCAUCUCUCCCUCGACAUCAACAGUCUCUUCAAGUGAUGCCACCGCUACUAUAUCAACAUCAGCAGUCUCUUCAAGUGAUGCCACCAAUCCCUCAACUGCAUCAACAUCAACUUCAAAUGAUGCCACCACUCCCUCAUCUACAUCAGCAGUCACUUCAAGCAAUAACACUGUUCCUUCAACAUUCACUUCAAGUGGUGCCACCGCUACUACAUCAGCAUCAGCAGUCUCUUCAAGUGAUGCCACCACUCCCUCAACUGAAUCGACAUCAACUUCAAAUGAUGCCACCACUCCCUCAUAUACAUCAGCAGUUACUUCAAGCGAUAACACUGUUCCGUCAACUACAUCAACACCCACUUCAAGUGAUGCCACCACUCCCUCAAGUACAUCAACAGUCAGUUCCAGUUUUGCCACCACUCUGUCAACAGUCACUUCAGGUGAUGCCACCUCUUCCUCAACUACAUCAACUUUAACUUCAAGUGAUACCACCACUAAUACACCGACAGUAACAUUAACUGUGGACAGAAUUCCCUCAACUACGUUGACAGUCAGGUCAAGUGAUGCCACCACUGCCUCAACUGUCACUUCAAGUGAUGCAACCUCUUCCUCAACUACAUCAACAUUCACUUCAAGUGGUGCCACCACACACUCAACAGUAGCUUCAAGUGAUGCCACCGCUACUGCAUCAACAUCAGCAGUCUCUUCAAGUGAUACCACCACUCCUUCUACAGUCACUUCAAGCAAUCCCACCACUACCUCAACAGUCACUUCGAGUGUUGCCACCUCUCCCUCGACAUCAAUCUUCACUUCAAGUGAUGCCACCACUCCUUCUACAUUCACUUCAAGCAAUCCCACCACUCCCUCAACAGUCACUUCAAGUGAUGUCAUCACUCCCUCAACAGUCAAUUCAAGUGAUGCCACCUCUCCCUCGACAUCAAUCUUCACUUCAAGUGAUGCCACUUCUCACUCAACUACAACGACAGUCACUUCGGACGAUAUUACAUCAACACCCGCUUCAAGUGAUUCCACCACUCCCUUAAGUACAUCAACAGUCAGUUCCAGUUUUGCCACCACUCUGUCAACAGUCACUUCAGGUGAUGCCACCUCUUCCUCAACUACAUCAACUUUAACUUCAAGUGAUACCACCACUACUACACCGACAGUAACAUUAACUGUGGACAGAAUUCCCUCAACUUUGUCGACAGUCAGGUCAAGUGAUGCCACCACUCCCUCAUCGACAUCAACUGUCACUUCAAGUGAUGCCACAGCUACUACAUCAACAUCAGCAGUCACUUCAAGCGAUAUAACUCUUCCUUCAACAUUUACUUCAAGUCAUUCCACCACUCCCUCAUCUACAUCAAUAGUCACUUCAAGUGAUGCCACCACUACUACAUCAACAUCAGCAGUCACUUCAAGCAAUAACACUGUUCCUUCCACAUUCACUUCAAGUGGUGCCACCGCUACCCCAUCAACAUCAGCAUUCACUUCAAGUGAUGCCACCACUCCCUCAACAUCAAUAUUCACUUCAAGUGAUGCCACCAAUACAUUGACAGUCUCUACAAGUGAUACCUCCACUCCUUUGACUUCAACAGUCACUUCAAGUGAUGCUACCACUACAUCGACAGUCCCUUCAUUUGAUCCCACCACUACCUUGACAUUAACAGUCACUUCAAGAAAUGCCACCAAUACAUCGACAGUCACUUCAAGUGAUGCUACCACUACAUUGACAGUCUCUUCAAAUGAUGCCACCACUCCCUCAACAUCUACAGUCACUUCAAGUGAUGCCACCACUACAUCAACAGUCACUUCAAGUGAUGCUACCACUACAUCAACAGUCCCUUCACGUGAUGCCACCACUCCCUCGACAUUAACAGUCACUUCAAGUGAUACCACCAAUACAUCGACAGUCUCUACAAGUGAUGCCACCACUCCUUCAACUACAUCUACAGUCAUGCCAAGUAAUGCCACCUCUACGUCAACAUCAACAGUCACUUCAAGUGAUACUUCCGCUACAUUGACAGUUACUUCAAGGGAUGCCACCUUUUACUGGACAUCAAGUGAUACCACCGCUUCCUCAACUACAUCAACAGUCACUUCAAGUGAUGCUACCACUACAUCAACAGUCCCUUCAAGUGAUCCCACCACUACCUCGACAUUAACAGUCACUUCAAGUCAUGCCACGUCUCCCUCGACAUCAACAGUCACUUCAAGUGAUGCCACCAAUACAUCGACAGUCUCUACAAGUGAUGCCUCCACUCCCUCGACUUCAACAGUCACUUCAAGUGAUGCCACCACUACAUCGACAGUAUCUUCAAAUGAUACCAACUCUCCCUCGACUUCAACAGUCACUUCAAGUGAUGCCACCAAGACAUCAACAGUCACCUCAAGUGAUGCUACCACUACAUCGACAGUCCCUUCAAGUGAUCCCACCACUCCCUCGACAUUAACAGUAACUUCAAGUAAUGUCACGUCUCCCUCGACAUCAACAGUCACUUUAAGUGAUACUACCACUACAGCAACAGUCAGUUCAAGUGAUACUACCAAUACAUUGACAGUCUCUACAAGUGAUGGCUCCACUCCCUCGACUUCAACAGUCACUUCAAGUGAUGCCACCACUACAUCGACAGUAUCUUCAAAUGAUACCAACUCUCCCUCAACUUCAACAGUCACUUCAAGUGAUCCUACCACUACAUCGACUGUCCCUUCAAGUGAUAUCACCACUCCCUCGACAUUAACAGUCACUUCAAGUAAUGCCACGUCUCCCUCGACAUCAACAGUCACUUCAAGUGAUGCCACCACUACAUCGACAGUAUCUUCAAGUGAUACCACCUCUCCCUCGACUUCAACAGUCACUUCAAGUGAUGCCAACAUGACAUCAACAGUCUCUACAAGUGAUGCCUCCACUCCUUCGACUUCAACAGUCACUUCAAGUGAUGCCACCACUACAUCAACAGUCACUUCAAGUGAUGCUACCACUACAUCAACAGUCCCUUCAAUUGAUCCCACCACUACCUCAACAUUAACAGUCACUACAUGUAAUGCCACGUCUCCCUCAACAUCAACAGUCACUUCAAGAAAUGCCACCAAUACAUCGACAGUCUCUACAAGUGAUGCCUCCAACCCUUCGACAUCAACAGUCACUUCAAGUGAUGACACCAAUACAUCAACAGUCACUUCAAGUGAUAGCACCACACCCUCAACAUCAAGAGUCACUUCAAGAAAUGCCACGUCUCCCUCGACAUCAACAGUCACUUCAAGUGAUACUACCACUACAGCAACAGUCAGUUCAAGUGAUGCUACCACUACAUCGUCAGUAUCUUCAAGUGAUGCCACCUCUCCCUCGACAUUAACAUUCACUUCAAGUGAUGCCACCUCUCCUUUGACAUCAACAGUCACUUCAAGUGAUCCCACCGCUUCCUCGCCUACAUCAAUUGUCUCUUCAAGUGAUGCCACCUCUCCCUUGACAUCAACAGUAUUUUCAAGUGAUGCCACCACUCCCUCGACAUUAAAAGUCACUUCAAGUAAUGCCACGUCUUCCUCGACAUCAACAGUCACUUCAAGUGAUGCCACCAACACAUUGACAGUCUCUACAAGUGAUGCCUCCACUCCUUCGACUUCAACAGUCACUUCAAGGUAUGCUACCACUACAUCGACAGUCCCUUCAAGUGAUCCCACCACUUCCUCGACAUUAAUAGUCACUUCAAGAAAUGCCACCUCUCCCUCGACAUCAACAGUCACUUCAAGUGAUGCCACCACUACAUCGACAGUAUCUUCAAGUGAUACCACCUCUCCCUCGACUUCAACAGUCACUUCAAGUGAUGCCAACACGACAUCAACAGUCUCUACAAGUGAUGCCUCCACUCCUUCGACUUCAACAGUCACUUCAAGUGAUGCCACCACUACAUCGACAGUAUCUUCAAGUGAUACCACCUCUCCCUCGACUUCAACAGACACUUCAAGUGAUGCCAACACGACAUCAACAGUCACUUCAAGUGAUGCCACCACUACAUCAACAGUCACUUCAAGUGAUGCUACCACUACAUCAACAGUCCCUUCAAGUGAUCCCACCACUACCUCAACAUUAACAGUCACUACAUGUAAUGCCACGUCUCCCUCAACAUCAACAGUCACUUCAAGAAAUGCCACCAAUACAUCGACAGUCUCUACAAGUGAUGCCUCCACUCCUUCGACUUCAACAGUCACUUCAAGGUAUGCUACCACUACAUCGACAGUCCCUUCAAGUGAUCCCACCACUUCAAGAAAUGCCACCUCUCCCCCGACAUCAACAGUCACUUCAAGUGAUGCCACCAAUACAUCAACAGUCACUUCAAGUGAUGCUACCACUACAUUGACAGUCACAUCAAGUGAUGCUACCACUACAUCGACAGUCCCUUCAAUUGAUCCCACCACUACCUCGGCAUUAACAGUCACUUCAAGAAAUGCCACUAAUACAUCGACAGUCUCUAUAAGUGAUGCCUCCACUCCUUCGACAUCAACAGUCACUUCAAGUGAUGCCACCAACACAUCAACAGUUACUUCAAGUGAUGCUACCACUACAUUGACAGUCACUUCAAGUGAUCCCACCACUACCUCGACAUUAACAGUCACUUCAAGAAAUGCCACCUCUCCCUCGACAUCAACAGUCACUUCAAGUGAUGCCACCAAUACAUUGACAGUCACUUCAAGUGAUGCUACCACUCCCUCAAUAUCAACAGUCACUCCAAGUAAUGCCAUCUCUCAGUCAACAUCAACAGUCUCUUCAAGUAAUGCCACCUCUCCCUCUACAUCAACAGUCAGUUCAAGUGAUACUACCACGACAGCAACAGUCAGUUCAAGUGAUACUACCACUACAUCGACAGUAUCUUCAAGUGAUACCACCUCUCCCUCGACUUCAACAGUCACUUCAAGUGAUGCCACCACUACAUUGACAGUCCCUUCAAGUGAUGCCACCAUUACCUCAACGUUAACAGUCACUUCAAGAAAUGCCACCUCUCCUUCGACCUCAACAGUCACUUCAAGUGAUGCCACCACUCCCUCGACACUAACAGUUACUUCAAGUGAUGCCACCUCUCCCUCGACAUCAACAGUCACCUCAAGUGAUUCCACCACUACAUCAACAGUCCCUUCAAAUGAUGCUACCACUACAUCAACAGUCACUUCAAGUGAUCCCACAACUCCCACUUCUCCAUCAACAGCCACAAGUGAGGUCACCACUCUAAGACUAAUAAUGUCAUCAACAAGUGGUACUACUACAGUGUUAACAGGUACAGAUACCUCAGCAGUUGUAGCAGUAUCUACACCGUCCACCCCUUCACUAGGACUAACAUCCAGAGACACUACUUUGGUGACAACAAUCAAAACCACUGUUGCAGAAUGUAUGUCAGAUGCUCUGUUGAAUGUCAUCAGGCUGGAGGAUGUCACCAGUAAGUUAAUCAGUGUGAGUUGGACUGGUAUUAACCUGGACCAGCAGAUACAGUACAAGGUGAAGCUGGCAUCUAAUUCCAAAACAACUCAGAUUGAGACCUCGGCCACCAAAGCUGUUUUCUCAGACCUUACUCCUGGAACCAUAUACACUCUGAUUAUUGAGUACUUAUCCUGCUACAUCAAGAAAAGCAUUUCAAGAGACAUAAUCACUGCUGGAAAGGUCUAUGAAUCUUCCACUCGAAUUCCAGGCAGAGAGUUUUUGUCUGAUUAUUCAAAUCAAUCCAGCAAACUUUACAAAGACUUUGUGGCCAAUUUUACCAUGCAGGUUGAAAACAAUCUCCCAAAAGCAUACCAGGACCUUACCAAGGCUAAAGAAAUGGUGGUGGUUGUGACAGGUGUUCACAGAGGAAGUGUGAUCGUUGACUUUGAUCUGGUCACUGCUCUGGAGGUUAAACUGUCAACCUCUGACGUGCAGAACAGUGUCAUUAAUGCGCUGAAAUUAUCUGAACUCGGAGUAGAUCUGAAUUUCACCUCAGUCAAAGAGGCAGAUGUCUGCCAACGAGGCGAUUACACAUGCUCAAAAAAUGCCAACUGUGUCAGAGAGGGACCCUCACAUUCAUGUGAAUGUAAGGCAGGAUUCUACGACGAAAACCCAACCGUACCGGGUACUGACUGCAAGAGAAAUAUCUCUCCAGGUGCAGAUCCAUGUAAAGGCUUGUGUUCAUCAUGUGCUCAGUGUGUGGUUGGUCCUGGAGGCAGCCAUGAAUGUAGCUGCUAUCCUGGUUUGAUAGAUCAGAAUCCUGAUAAUCCUGGGAAGCUAUGCAAAGAUCCUGUCGACUGUUUUGAUCAAGAAAAGGACAUUUGCUCAUCCCAAAAUCUAUGUCUUCCAUCCAAGUUUCUCUGCUCAUUGAGGAAGGUUUUCAAAUUAACAGCAGAAUUCAACUCUUGGAUCUUCAACUCCUCUCUGCACGACCCAGGGAGCGAUGCUUGGGCAUAUGCCUCUACAAAGAUCAUAAAAACUGUUGUCCCCAGAAUGCGGUUUGUUCUGUCAGAUUCAUCCUUUGACAUGACAGUGGUGGGCUUCCAGAGAGGUAGUGUGGUGGUCAGGAUGAUGUGCGGUUAUAAUGGGAAUACUACCGCUGAUGAAAGAACUCUCCAGGCUGCUCUGCAAGACACAUUCCGCAAACACUUGGACAACUCCGCCAUAGCUACCUUGAAAAGAGUUUCCCAGAUAUCAAUGGCCCCAGGAACAGGCUGGGAAGUGGCGACAAUAGUCCUGGGAGUUCUGCUGGGCUUCACUUUGACAGUCGUGGUUGUUGUUCUGAUCAUCACCAUAGCGAGGAGAGCAGCUAGCAAGCUGACCUCAUAUAACAUCGAGCAAACAAAGCACAACAGACAAGUGGUGUCCGAUGACUACUUAGAAGGACAUUGUUCUUAUCAGGUGUAGUUCAGGGAUUCUUAAAAAGAUGAGAUAAUCAAAACUUUUUUUCACAAAUAUAUUUGAUAAUAUUAACAGAAGUAUCAGCUAUCACACCAUGUAAAGGAACAACCUCCUAAUACUUUAAGUGUUUCAUAAAAUGCAACUAACUCAACUCCGUCAGACACAAUAAAAGGCAUUCCAUUUUUACAUUUAGUGUUGAACAAGUGUUUAAUAAAGGCCGUGAUUGUUUAAUUGUAACAUUAGAUUAUUCAAAAAUUGUAAUACAAAUCUCCAAACGUCUUAAUUGUUUUAUUUUAUAGUGCUAUAUAAUGCACUAGGGCUAAUUUCGGGUUUGCAUGUUUUUUUGUUAUUUUUUUUGCAUGUUUUUCUAGAUUCAGAACAUAAAACAACAUUUAGAAAGCUAACAUUAUCCCUAGGAUCUACCACAGCAAAUACAUCAGUAGUUUAAGCAUAUUUUGCAACAAGGUUAAAAUAUUUUUUCUAAAUAUUGACUAAAAGAUCGAUCUUAUUAAAGGGUUAGUCAUCAGUGAGGUGAUAAGGCACUGAUGGAGUUAACAACGGACACUCAAAGCAGACAUAUUUGUGCCUCUACAAAUAAAUGUUUAGUACAAGCAUUUGUAAAAUAUAGAAAAUUAUUUAUUUGAAAACAAUAAAAAUAUAACUGUUAUAUCAGAUCUUUCAGCACUCUGAAGGGGUUGACUUUAGAGUUAAUGUUUUAUAGAGUUGACAUUUCUUAUUUUUGUUCUUCAUUCAAGUGAUAUACAAGUUUUUCCUCAGUUGCCUUAAGGCUCUAAAACCUAAUUAUAUCAUGUCCUAUCUUAAUCUAUCAGACAGAUGGAGUCAACAGUUUAUGGUUGUGACAAUGGUGAUUUCAAUACUGUUUGUUUAAAUCAGAAGUAGAGAACUUUACAGAUCAUGAGUUGUCUUGUUGCAUUACAUGUAAUGAGGACAUGAAGAAUGGGGUCCUUAUGGUGUAACUGACUCAGCUCAUUUCUGAUUCUUUUAGGAUUUUAGACAAAUCUCCGGACACAAUUUUUAGAAAUCCUAGUUUUGAAAGAAAUAGUCUUUAAAGUCAGAGAGGGCCAUUGGAAGAAACUACAUGCAAUCUUUUUUCAGUUAGUAUUUAUUAUUGCCAGGUUUUUUUUAAUUGUAGAGUUUGACAUUUAGAUUCUUUGCUCUGGACAAGGGCAUUUCUGAGCAUAGAGCUGGCAUGUAUAUGAACCAUAUUUAAAAUAUUUGGACAAUUCAAAAAGCAAAUAUUUGCCCUUGUAAAAUUCCACUUAAUGUAUUUUUUAAGCUCAAAUAAUGCAACAAAAUAAAAUGUAAAAUAAAAUGUAAAUUAUAAAAAUACAGGUUCCCUGUAGAAAAAGGAUUGUCCCGACUUUCAAGAAUCCCGGUUAAGAUUUGUCACUCAUGAAAACAGGGAUUACAAUGUAUGGAUCUGGAGAAAACAUAAGCACUUUAUGACAUAUGCUGAUGAAAAUGAAUAUGAUUUAAUGUAAUUUACUAUUGCAAUAUGAACUAAAUAUAUUGUUUUUUACAAGUGACAUGAGAUCUAAAGUGUUAUUGUGUACAUAUGCAAUUUCACUGAGUGCAUAAUGGCCUCUAUCUUAUUGCAGUGGAAAAGAGUACUGAAGCAAUCCACUAGAGGCCACAGUUGUCUGAGAAUUGAAUAUACAGUGCCUUCAGAAAGUAUUCAAAACCAAUGACUUUUUCAAUAUUUUGUUACGCUACAGCCUUAUUCUAAAAUGAAUUAAAUAAAAUAAAAUCUGCAGCAUUGAAGGUCCCCAAGAACACAUUGGCCUCCAUUCUUCUUAAAUGUAAGAAGUUUGGAACCAUAAAGACUCGUCCUAGAGCUGGCCACCCGGCCAAACUGAGCAAUCGGGGGAGAUGGGCCUUGGUCAGGGAGGUGACCAAAAACCCGAUGGACACUCUGACAGAGCUCUAGAUUUCCUCUGUGUAGCUGGGAGAACCUUCCAGAAGGACAACCAUCUCUGCAGCACUUCCCCAAUCAGGCCUUUAUGGUAGAAUGGCCAGACUGAAGCCACUCCUGAGUACAAGGCACAUGACAGCCCGCUUGGAGUUUGCCAAAAGGCAACUAAAGACUUUCAGACCAUGAGAAACAAGAUUCUCUGGUCUGAUGAAACCAAGAUGCCAAGCGUCGUGUCUGGAGGACACCUGGCACCACCCCUACGGUGAAAUAUGGUGGUGGCAGCAUCAUGCUGUGAGGAUGUUUUUUGGUGACAGGGACUGGGAGAAUAGUCAGGAUCGAGGGAAAGAUGAACGGAGCAAAGUAUAGGGAGAUCCUUGAUGAAAACCUGCUCCAGAUUGCUCAGGACCAUAGACUGGGGUGAAGGUUCACCUUCCAACAGGACAACAAUCCUAAGCACACAGCCAAGACCAUGCGGGACAAGUCUCUGAAUGCCCUCGAUUGGCCCAGCCAGAGCCUGGACUUGAACCCAUUCAAUAAUCUCAGGAGAGACCUGAAAUAGCUGUGUAGCGAUGCUCCCCAUCCAACCUGACAGGGCUUGAGAGGAUCUGCGGAGAAGAAUGGGAGAAACUCCCCAAUUUACAGGUAUGCCAACCUUGUAACAUCAUACCCAAGAUGACCCAAUGCUGUAAUCUCUGCUAAAGGUGCUUCAACAAAGUACUGAGUAAAGGGUCUGAAAACUAUCUGAAGGCACUGUAGUACCAUCAAGUCACCUGCUUCAGAGUGUGAGUGCAAUGCCAUGAACCCAUAAUGGGCUCAUUUGAAGUUUGUUUGCAGUCUUAUUAUUUGUUAUAUUACUAAUCAGUAUGAUU